AUGGGACGACAUAGACUAAGUAGCAGUGGCUCACGGGUGGGUCAUAAGGGUCUUGGUUCAGCUUCAACGUUGAAAUCAAGACUGGAUAGUACAUCUCGAUCGAGAUCAAGAUCAUCAAGUAUAAGUCAUAUAAAACAACCUUCUACCAUUAGCUCAAUGUUGAAUAAGAUAGGAUUGAGUAAGUUGGUAGAAUACUUGUUCCACAUAAAUGGCAGGAGUAGACUACGGUCGCUUUAUAAUGUGCUAUUAAUAGAAUUAAAUUUACCAAACAGCUCCAGAAUAGAUCCUAAGGAUGAUUCUUUCGAUAUAGAUAGAUCAUAUGAAGAAGUGAUGAAUAUGAUAAAGAUCCCAUAUUAUCUAGAACAGUUUAUGAUCUUUGGAUUAAUGAUUUGUUUCAAUUCAUUUCUAACGUUAUUCACUUUAGCUCCAUUAAAGAUUAUUAUAGCCACUUUUAAUUUCAUUCAUAAUGGGAUAUCAAUGUAUAAAGAAAAGAAAUCAAUCAUAGUUAAAGAAUGGCUACAAAGUUUUGCAUGGGUAAAGAGAGAGAUAAUCACAUUAAGUAUAAUAGGUUUCUCAUUAUGGGUUCUUACAUUACCUAGAUUGGAUAUUUCUCGAUUAUAUCAUGAAGUAAGAGGAGAAGCUCAUAUAAAGUUAUAUGUGAUAUUUGGGGUUCUAGAAGUGGCUGAAAAGUUAUGUUCUUCUUUAGGUCAAGAUAUAAUGAAUAUUCUUUAUAACAUACCGAUAGAUAAUGGUCAAGCAUCGAUAAAUUAUACUAAAUUUAUCGUAUUUUUUGCAUUGGCUAUAUUCUAUGUUUCAUUUCAUGGAUAUAUCUUAAUAUAUCAAACUGUUGCAUUGAAUGUAGCAGCCAAUUCAUAUUCUAAUGCAUUAAUGGCUUUACUUCUUUCUAAUCAAUUUUCAGAAUUGAAGAGUGCUGUAUUUAAGAAAUUUGAAAGAGAAGGGCUUUUUCAAGUUUCAAUGGCUGAUUUAACCGAACGAUUUCAAUUACUGUUUAUGCUUGGUAUUAUCGCUUUAAGAAAUCUUUUACAACUUAACAGUAGUCAAUCAGGGUUGAUUCCUAAUAGUUGGAAGAGUUGGAAUACAUGGUUUGGAGUUAUUUUAGGACCCGGAAUAUUUGUCAUUGGGUCUGAGAUUUUUGUGGAUUGGUUAAAACAUUGUUAUAUUUCUAAAUUUAAUAAAUUAAGACCAAGAGUAUAUGAAAACUUUUUAUAUGUUUUCAGUUUGGAUUUUUUGGAAAUAUUCAAUUCAAAUUCAAAUCAACAUGAUUUAACUGAUUAUAUCUUUUUAACAAGAAGAAUUGGUUUACCACUUUUAGCAUCGGCAGUUUGUUUUUUAAGAAUGACAUUACCUGAUCUUAAAUAUGUAUUCAUAUCUCCAUCGAAAUCAUUUACUUCAUUGAUUGGUUCAUCGAUAAUUAUAGUCUCUGUGUUUGGAGGUCUUCUUUUAUUAAGGUUGAUUCAAGGUGUUGUGAUCCUUAAGUUGGCCAAUUUAGUUAAGCAAAAUCAUUCUGCAAAUUCAUUAAUGAGAAGACAAGCGAAGGAAGCCAAUGAAGAACCGUUUGAUAUUAAGAUCAAAGUUGGAUCAACUCCAGAACCAGAUUCAAUCAAGAAAGAAAAAGAUGUUGAUAAUGAAUGUUCAACACCAAGUAAUUCUUCAUCACCCAAUUUAAAAUCAUCACUGGGUUCGCCUGAAUCCAUUAUUGAUUCUUCAUUUUUUCCAGGUAUACCAAAUACAGAAGCAUCAACGAUUAAUCCUAAGACAAGAGAAUUCUUAUAUGAUUCAGAUGAGGAAAUCCCUCCUACUAUUGAACAACUGAGAAAUAAAAAGAUUUUAAAGAAUAGUGAAAAUCAAAAUGCCACGGAUGGGAAUGAAGAAGUUAAAGGGUUAGAUAAGGUUUUAAGAUAUGAAAUGUCGAGUAAAAGGAUAUGGUAG